AUGAGCGUCAAUCCUUCUAGCCGCGAGGGUCACUUCAACCCGGCCUCGCCUCAUUCGUCCAGCGGCGCAGCCGAUUCCUUCAAAGGCACGCCAGAAACUCGUUUGACAACCUUUUCUCCGGAUGAUGGUUCUGCCAAGUCCUCUAAGGCAUCGCAAUCUCUGAGUGUUAGGACCCAAGAGAAUCGACUCAGAUUCGCAUCAACUCCUCGGGGAACUCUAGAGCUUCCAAGUUCUUUCGUUCGGGCAAAUCUACAUUCAGAGAGAGAUCCCUUUGUGUCAUCUUCAGCUAUUGGAGCCAGUAGAACACAGAAGCUAUCCCCAACUGCCUCUGUAUUCCUGCCGUACCCGAGUGUCCUUACCAACAGUGGUCAGGUGAUUGAGCCGAUAGGACACCAACGAAGUGAUUCCACUGGCAACAAGACCUCUGAUCAACAGUUAGCAACGCAAUCUCAGCAAGUACAAUUUGCCCACAACACUCUCAGUACGGAUCUGAAAUUGUCACGAUGUUUGGUCAUAGACGAUCCCCGCCGUCGACUUCGUGCCCAUGAUGUGGGCUCAUAUCUAUCAGAACUUGAAACCAGCGGUCUUGAGAUGCAUGGAAGGCGACAGAUCUGCGAGGAUGAGAAUGGAGACAGAAUCUUUGUACGAUUUCUCAACAUUCGAGAUGCCUGUGCCGCAUACUCCAUUCUUAGCCGCGCGUAUGAUAGAGGUUGGCUUGUCAAUUAUAUCAGUCCUUCGGAAUACGCUCAGUUCGUUGAACCAGAGAUUGGUCGCCAAACCAUCCACGAAGGCCAGGUUUACCUCAAUGUCUUUGCAACAGGCGUUCCUAUCAUUAUCGAACCCCAGCGAUUCGAACUAACUCUGAAAAGACUACUACAAGACCAUGGGGAUCUUUUUGCCUUUAAGCCUGAAUUAACCACUGGAGCCGAAGGCAGCCUCUUCAGUGCAAUCGCAGAAUACUGCGAUAAUGAUACUUGUCUAGAAGCCGUGUCCAAGUUCAACAACACGAUUAUUGAGGGCUGCUUCCAACUCUGUAUUACAUUAUACCGACCUGAUAUCUCAGCAUACGGAAUCAGCAGCAAUGGCAUGAUCAGCCCUGCUCGGACUUCCACGACUGAAUCAGAUAUCGUGCAUGAUCUGCAACGGUUAAACAUGUCUCGUCCCCAAUCAACUGUGCCGGGGUUGAACAAUUCCAACGCACUUCUCAGCACUCCGGUACGCUCACCAGCACUACAUAUGCAGCCAACGUACGGAAUGCUUCCUAUUCUAUACCAUGGCAUUCCUAUGACUACCCCACCCUACGUAUUUGACAACUUGUCAACUCGAGCCCAUACCACAACGUUCCCAUCUGCGGCAUAUCCAUUUCUCAGUCCUAUGGCGCCCCGGAGCGCUUACAUUCCGCGUGAUAUGGUCGUUCCACGACAGUUCUCUAGUUUGAACCGGAGGCAGAAUGCCACCAGAAUCUCCAGAUCUCCUUACUAUCAACAAACCAAUAGUCAUAACCAUGUUGAUGUUAACCGCAUUAGGGAGGGAACUGAUGUCCGCACAACGAUCAUGUUGCGAAAUAUUCCAAACAAGGUUGAUCAAGCCAUGUUGAAAAGAAUCGUAGAUGAAUCUAGCUGGGGGAAAUACGACUUUAUGUAUCUUCGCAUCGAUUUCGCUAACGACUGCAAUGUUGGCUAUGCGUUCAUCAAUUUCGUUGAUCCAUUGGACAUCAUCGAUUUUGUGAGCGCAAGAGGAAACCAGCGCUGGAAUUGCUUCAAGAGCGACAAGGUUGCCGAAAUCUCUUAUGCCACAAUCCAAGGCAAAGAUUGCCUUGUCCAGAAGUUCCGUAAUAGUUCGGUUAUGCUGGAGGCUGCACAUUACAGACCCAAGCUAUACUACACUCUGAAUGGGCCCUUGCCCGACCUUGCUGGACAAGAGGAAGCAUUCCCCGAGCCUGAUAAUCAGUCCAAAAUGAAGCGAAGCUGCGAAAAUGCCGAGCAUGUUGGCCUCUUUACUCCCAAUGCCGGACAGCACUUCCGUGACGAGCAACGUCGUAGACGCUCCCAAUUCGAUAGAGGUACCCGCAUGGCAGAGGCUGAAGAGUUUGAUUAUGAUGCAGCACUGCAUCACAAUUUCUACCCUGCAUAG